AUGAAGCUGGUAAACAUUGACUCAGAAGAAGUUGCACAACUUCAGCUUACUGAUAAAGAACUGUCUAAUGUCAUCAAAGAAAUUAAAGAAGGAACAACAAAUGAAGCUGAACCAGAGUUUGCUGAAGCUAUUCCUAAUAUAACAAUACCCGUCGGUCGAGAUAUUCAGCUCCCAUGCGUCGUCGAGAAUCUUGGCUCAUAUAGAGCUGCCUGGAUCAAAGUGGAAACAAAAGCUAUCCUCACAAUCCAUCACCACAUCAUCACCCGGAACUACCGGAUAUCCUUAAGCCAUAGCGACAAUCGGAACUUCGUCCUCCACAUCCGCAACGUCCAGAAGAGUGACAGGGGAGGAUAUAUGUGCCAAAUCAACACCGUGCCCAUGAAGAGCCAGAUUGGCUUUGUGGAUGUCUUGGGUAAGUUGGCUUCGAUCUUUGGUAAAAUCCGUGGAUUAGCGUUCAUCCUAAAGGGACACUUACUCUCUUAUCGCCUUUAUGCUUUGUUCUUUUGUUAA